AACUUUUGAGCCAUAAAAAUAUCAUACUCAGAAUCAGGAUAAAAGACUGAGUCGACUGAUGUAUUACCCUCAUAAUAGACAGUUUUCUCCAAACUUUAAAUCCAAAAAGUUUCCGAAACUUUUUCUUAAUAAGUCAUGACUGUAGCCCACAAAAUUCUGAUCAAAAUGAGACAUCCUCCAGCUGUACGCGAGCUUUCUUUGCAAAGUUAUAGAAUUUACAAGAAAAGCCAUAAAUGUUCAUUGUCAGCUCAGAGGUAUAGAGAGAAAAAGAAAUUUACGGCUUUUCUUGUAAAUUCUAUAACUCCGCAAUCAACGUGAAAGUAGCGGAAUCGACAGAGGGAGCUACAACUUAUGUGAAUAUGUUAAAUUCGGUAGAAGAUUUUGUCCAAAUAUAGACUAUAGAUUUAUCUAUCUUUAACAGAGUGUUUCGAAAAACUCUUCAGUUUUAACAAAAUUCGAAUGUUUUUUUUUUCAUUGUUUUAAUGUUUCGAAAGUAUGUUUUUCAGAUUCAGCAUUAAAAAUAGACUGUAAGAAUGAUGCUUGCUGGCAAAGGCCUAUUAAAGAUGGGCGUUUUGUACUUCCCGUGUAGAUAGUCCAUAAAUAGUUUUGCAAACCUAUCUAGUUUUUUUGUGAAGAGACGAAGCCGAUCUUUUUAUUCAGAAAAUAUUUUGAACUUAUCGCCUGUUUUUAUAUUGCUUUGUUACUGAGGAAAUUCACUUUUUCUAAAUCAAGGGUGAAAAGCUGGGAAUUCCGUUGGCACAUUGCAAUUCUCUUCAUCAAAAAUCACAUUUUAUGCAAUAAAAAUAUCAUAUUCGGAAUCAGUGUCAAAAACUGAGUCGAAUGAUGUGCUUUUUUUAUCUUUUUAGACCAUCUUAAUUUUUUUGAAUUUUCACGUCGGAAAGUGACUGAGAUUUUUACCAAAAAAUACACGUUACAGCAGAACAAAUCCGAAAAGUGAUUGAAUAGCUAUAAGAGUUGUCAACUUUAUUUCCAACCCCUGAAGCAGUGUAGAAUUAUUUCAUAAGAAUAAUUGAAAACCUGGUCUCUGACAAAUCAUCCCUCAAAAUCAGAUCUCUGGAUGCGAUUAGAACAUUUGGGAAACUUUGUACUAUUCUUCUCUUUCUUACUAAAUACAGUUUAUAUUAACAUUUGGGAAACAAUAUAAAACAGAGCAAACGUUUCUGAACAAAAUGAAAGGUCUGGCUACAACAUUUAUUCAUUAAACUGCACUCAAGUUAGGAAAAAUAUAGGAAAUAUCUAGAGUGCUAAAAUCAGCAAAAUCAAUGGGAAAUCACCAAAAAACUGCUUUCAUGACCUUUCGUAACUUGAAUUUAGCUCAAUGUUAUUAAAAAUAAUAUAGGUAGAUUCGCGUGGAAAAGUUUAGUAGAUAUCUUUAGUAGACCCUAAAAGUUCUCCACUCACGGUUCACGCCAAAUUGCAUAGACUCAAUUCCUUGACUGUCUGUCCAUUGAAAAGUCAAAAGUCUUGGAAUGGGAGGGGUAAAAGAUGGACAUAUUAGGGACUUUUUCUGCUCCUAGAGUCAACCUGUUGCACUAUUGCUAACAAAAGUAGAAGAAUUGUAUGAUGCUUGUGAGCAAAACAACAUUGAACUGGUUCAACAUUAUCUUCCAUCGGAAAACAUUAUCAUAAUCAUCAAUCAGCUUCAUCCAAAAACAGAGAAUACAGCUUUACAUAUUGCUUCAUACAUGGGUCAUAAUAAAAUUGUAAAAUUGUUGUUAGAAUACGGUGCGUCACGUUGUUCAAUAAAAAAUAAAGAUGAUUUAACGCCGUUUGAAGUAGCUCGUACGCAAGAGACAAAAACCAUAUUUGAACAUAUAGUUGCUUAUACAGCACCGUCAACACGUUUCUUUAAGAUUCUUAAUGAACAUUUAGCGCGUUAUAUUAUAGAUAAUUUUGAUGAUUUUGAUCCUAAAAAAUAUAAUCAUGGACUUGUAAAUUUUGGUGGUAAAAUAAUGAAUUUAACAUUUUUAUCGACAUCAAAAAGACUAGAAAUGGCUGAAAUAUUUUCCGGUAAAGGAGAAUUACUUAAAUCACUAAAACAUAGCAACAACACAUGUAUUCAACAACAACCGACACUGAUUCGAUAUACAAUUAAAAAUCAUCAUACAGCACUUGAUAUUGAAAAUAUAUCGAAAAUACCUGAUGAAAAAGAAGUUUUAAUUCCACCAUUUGCUUUGUUUAAAGUUAUUUAUGUUGAACGAAAUAAUGCAUCUUGUUAUAAUGAAAUACACUUAGAAGAAUGUGAUGAGUCUAUAUGUAAAACCCUAAGAACCCACUUAUAUGGUCUAUUUAGUCGAAAGACAUUCGAUUAUAUAUUUAAUGAACUUGACAAAAAUACAUCCGAUCGUCGUUGGAAUGCAUUUUUAAUAGUCAAUGAAAAAAUGAAAUGGAAACCAAUAAAUAAAGAAGACGUAGCAACAUUUUUUGCUCAUGUUCACCGUCAAAAAACUGGUUUAAAAUUUUUAGCACUCAAAUGUGAUGAAACACGAACCUGUAAUUAUACUCAGAAACAUCCAUGGUGCAAUGAUUAUGUGCAACCAAUGGUUGGUAGACAAUAUUACGGUCGAGGUUGGAUUCAGCUCUGGAGUCAUUGUAAUUAUUAUAAUGCUAGUCAAGCAUUAAGCAUUGAUCUACUCUCAAAUCCCGAUUUAGUUAGUCAAAAUGAAGUGAUUGCAAGCCAAGUUGCUAUGUGGUAUUGGAAAGCAUAUGGUAUGAGAGAAUAUGCAGCUAAGGGACAAUUUAAUGAAACAACAAAACUAUUGACUCCAAAUGAAUGUCCAAAAGUAAAUCGGAUUGAUCAAUAUACGAGAGUUCAAACAUAUCUACGUGUACGUCAAUGUUACGGACUGCAAACUUCCAUAGGUGACAGUUUGUACUGUUAG